UGAGAGCGCCAGAGUAGAGCUCCUCCACAGACCACAGCCGCAGGGCUCCCACUGCAGUUCAGAGGAAAACCUCACACAGAAAUAUAUACUGGAGGAGAAACUGCUACCUCACAACGCAGAGGACAAGACGAAGAGGAGGAGAAAGAAAAGAGAUCAGAAAAAUACAGAGAGGAGGUAAAAAGAAGUCGACGAGGUUCUCUGCUUUUUCUUGGAUGAAAAGAACUUCCAGGGCACACGGCUCUCUACUUUCGGAUUCCAUUUAAUAAUUUACCUUCUGCCUCAUUUUGGUCUGUGGAACACAACUUUGCUUUUGUAAAAGUUUGACCUACAUGUCUGGAUUUUUUUAUUUCCAACAUUUCUGUCCAUCUGGCCAUUUCGGUAAUUCUAGUAUUGUUUCAAUACCUGCUGCUGGACUUUACCACAGUGUGUGUAUGUGUUUGUUCCUUUGAGAGUGUGAGAAUCUGUUUCUAACUGAGUGAGUGAAAUGUACCAGAGUGAAUAGUGGCCGUGUUAACGUAUUUUGUUUUUAAGCUAAAUUAUAUUUCUAUCCCGGUGUUUACUUUUUUCUCCACAAGGAUCCCCUUAAAAGAUCUGAAGAUGUCACAUCACAAAAACUAUUGAGGCAGUUCCUUCUUUUUAAAAGUGAUCACUCUGCACACUAUAGCAGCAUUUCCUGAAAAGACAUUGUGGAGACACUUGCAAGCUUUUUUUUUUUUAGAUAAAUUUUUCUUUUGUGAAGCCUUGGCCCUAUCGGUCCUUGCCACUACCUCAGGAUGGCUGGCUGUACCAGUCGCUGCAGGCAGGGGGUGCUCAAAUUAAUCCAGUCCCUGCAGAGAUUGGUCUCAGGAACGCUCACAAAAGAUAAAACAGAUGAUGAGCUUGAGAUGACAACGGUGUGUUACAGGCCAGAGGGUCUUGAGCAAUUGGAAGCCCAAACUAAUUUCACCAAACAGGAGCUGCAGAUCCUCUAUCGUGGUUUCAAGAAUGAAUGUCCAAGUGGUGUGGUGAAUGAGGAAACAUUUAAACACAUUUACUCACAGUUCUUCCCUCAUGGAGGUAAAGUACAAUGUUUCUCUUUCCUUGCUCUCUCAAUCUUUUUCACAACAGGAGACCUUACACAUUCAUUUUUUUGUGUUGCAGAUGCAAGCAUGUACGCACAUUAUCUUUUCAAUGCAUUUGACACUACAAACAACGGAUCCAUUAAGUUUAAGGACUUUGUAAUGGGUUUGUCCAUACUGCUGCGAGGAACACUCAGAGAAAAGCUAGAGUGGACGUUUCACCUCUAUGACAUUAACAGAGAUGGCUACAUAAACAGAGAGGAAAUGACUGAUAUUGUGAGGGCCAUUUAUGACAUGAUGGGCAAGUACACCUACCCGGCCCUAAAGGGAGACGUUCCCCAGCAGCAUGUGGAUGCCUUUUUUCAGAAAAUGGAUAAAAACAAAGAUGGAGUGGUGACUUUAGAGGAGUUUGUCAUAGCCUGCCAGGAGGACGAAACCAUGAUGAGAUCGAUGCAGCUGUUUGAAAACGUGAUGUAGGACAAGAGGAGAUGAUGACGACUAAGACAUGAAAAAUGAGAGGGCUUAGUGUGAGUGUGUGUGUGUGGAUGCAUAUGUGCAAUAUGUCCAGUCCCUCCUCCUCUUCCCAUCUUAUCCAGCUGUGGUCUGGAUGCAGCCAGAUUGCCCCACAAUGACUUGAAGGAAGGAAUUGGACUGGAAUUUUACCCUUCCUGCAGAGUUUUAACACACAAUACGAAGUGACUGUUGUGACAGACUUGGACAUAAGACAUUGCUCUCAAUUCAGUCUUGAAGAUAGGCCUGUUAAAAGAUAAAGAUGCUCCUACAUUAAAAUAAAAUGCUGUAAAUGUUCAACUAGUGGAACUUUAUUUUAUUUUUAUUUUUAUUUACCAAAAUAAGCUCUUUUUUUGCCUAAAAUAUAAUUGCAUGCUUUUGCAAGAAGUUUUUUUCUCAAAACAUGUGUCAGAUUUGUGAUGGGAAUUUGGCCAUAAGGACUUCUGUAUUUAUCUCCUGCAUUUGAUGGUUGACAGAUAUGGCAUAUUUCAAAUGUCAUGUGUUGCUUUCACUGUUGCAGUGACCCCUCUACCUUUUUGAUGAUCUACCUGGCUGUCGCUUGCCUACUGAGUAUGUUGCUUAUUGUUAAGAGUCUAUCUAAAGCUUACCGUAGAAAGUCAAACAAUUUGGAAACAUUUCUUGUGUGUGCCUGUCUUUGUCAAUGUUGGAACUUAGGUUUUAGUGAAAAGAAAGAAGAUAAGAUAGGUUAUUUUUCUUUUCUUUUUAUUUUCACCUGCUGCUUUGCUUCUUGUGGUCAAAUCAGUGUGUUGUCAGAAAUGUAAAAGAUAAAAACGUAUUGUGAUAAAUGUGCAUACAUUUUAUGAUGGAGUGCCCACAAAACAAAGAUGUUGAAUAAUUCAUUGGGAAGAGGCUUGUGAUCAUCAAACCAACAUCUUUAUUUGCACAGGUGAUCAAGGUGUAACAGAGAGAGUAACACAAUGAUGACAGUAAAAUAUUUUUAUGGUAUAACCUCAAAGGUAUGUCAUUACACAAGAAAUUAUCAGAUGGUAGUCUCUGGGCUGUGUGAAUGAAGUCCUGGUAUGAGAAAGUUUCAGAUGAUCUUGCAGGGAAAUACUACUGAAUGGCAGCUUUGGAAUGUUUUGAAGAUACUGAGGACAGCUCCAUCUGUAUUAGUGAACAUUUGGCACUGUCUCCUCCAUCCAAUCUCAAUCCGUGAUGUCACACUAGCGUACAGGUACAGACCAUAGACUGUAUAUAAGAACGUACAGACGGAACAGGGUGACUAAUGCAUUUGCCUGCACAUCAUUUUCUAUGAGUUGCGGUGUGUUUGAAAGUACCACCAUAAUAGAAAGCUCACAAGGAUCUAGUAGUUCAAGCACUAAAAUAUUCAUCAUUGUUCUUUUUGCUUUCAGUGGAGCAGCUCACCGCUGUAUGGUACAUCAGUGUGACAUCACAACCUCUGGUCUUUGAUAUUUGGGUUUAGAACAGAGUUGUUAAAUCUCACAAAGAUAGAAAACGAAUUCCAAGCCAUAAGAAUAAAUAUGUACAUUUUUAAAUUGAGUGGUGUUUUACUUUACAGUUGCCCUUUCUUGCAUGCAAAUGUGCGUGUGUCCAUGUGUCUGUCGCUGUGUGCAUACAUUAUCUGUAUGCUCCUAAGAAAAUGUAUAAUAUAAUGAUAAAUCAAAGGAGAAACCUAAAUAAAUGAGUAGAGAAAAAUAACAAAUGCAGGUGCUUCCA